AUGUUGGCAAGGCCUGGCCAUGGCCAGCAGAAGGAUGCAGUGACCUAUAAUGAUGUGCAUGUGAACUUCACUUGGGAAGAAUGGGCUUUGCUGGAUCCUUCACAGAAGAAUCUCUACAAAGAUGUGAUGCUGGAGACCUACAGGAACCUCACUGCUGUAGGUUGCAAUUGGGAAGAGCAUAAUAUUGAAGAACGUUGCCAAAGUUCUAGAAGACAUGGAAGACAUGAAAGAAGUCCUACUGAAGAGAAAUCCUCUGAGUACACUCAGUGUGGUAAAGCCUUUGCAUGUCACAGUUAUCCUGAAAGGCAUGAAAGAAUUCAUUCUGGAGAGAAACUCUAUGAAGAUAUUCAAUAUGGUGAAGCCGUUGUACAUCACAGUGGUCUCCAAAUACAAAAAAGAACACAUACUAGAGAGAACCCCUACAAAUGCAAUCAAUGUGAUAAAGCUUUUACAAAUUAUGGUCAACUUCAAAGGCAUGAAAGAAUUCAUACUAGAAAGAAACCUUACCAAUGUAAUGAAUGUGGUAAAGCCUUUGCAUAUCUUAGUAUUAUCCAAAUGCAUAAAAGAACACAUACUGGAGAGAAACCUUAUAAAUGUAAUCAAUGUGGUAAAGCGUUUGCAUAUCUUAGUAGUUUCCAAAUGCAUAAAAGAACACAUACUAGAGAGAAACCUUACAAAUGUAAUCAGUGUGGUAAAGCCUUUGCAUAUCUUAGUAGUUUCCGAAUGCAUAAAAGGAUACAUACUGGAGAGAAACCUUGCAAAUGUAAUCAAUGUGGUAAAGCCUUUGCACAUUACAGUACUCUCCAAAAACAUAAAAUAACACACACUGGAGAGAAACCCUAUGAAUGUAAUCAAUGUGGUAAAGCCUUUGCACGACAAAGUAAUCUCCAAGGGCAUAAAAGAACACAUACUGGAGAGAAACCCUAUGAAUGUAAUCAAUGUGGUAAAGCCUUUGCACGACAAAGUCAUCUCCAAGUGCAUAAAAGAACACAUACGGGAGAGAAACCUUACAAAUGUAAUCAAUGUGGUAAAGCCUAUAAAUGUCGUAGUAGUGUCAACAAUCAUAAAAUAGUGACAUAUACUGGACAGAAACCCUAUGAAUGUAACCAAUGUGGUAAAGCCUUUGUGUAUCACUGUAUUCUCCGAAAACAUAAAAGAACACAUACUAGAGAGAAAUCUUACAAAUUUAAUCAAUGUGGUAAAACCUAUAAAUUUAAUGGUCUCAAAAAUCAUAAAAUAAGAGACACUGGAGAGAAACUCUAUGAAUGUAAUGAAUGUGGUAAAGCCUUUCCACAUCUUCAUAGACUUAAAAGACAUGAAAGAAUUCAUACUGGAGAGAAGCCUUACAAAUGUAAUGAAUGUGGGAAAGCCUUUGCAUAUCGCAGUAGUCUCCCAAAACAUAAAAGAACACAUACUGGAGAGAAACCCUAUAAAUGUAAUUAUUGUGGUAAAGCCUAUUCCCAACACAGUAAUCUUAAAACACAUAAAAGAAUACAUACUGGAGAGAAACCCUAUGAAUGUAAUCAGUGUGGUAAAGCCUUUGCACUAAAAAGUCAUCUCCAAGUGCAUAAAAGAACACAUACGGGAGAGAAGCCUUACAAAUGUAAUCAAUGUGGUAAAGCCUUUGCACGACAAAGUUACCUCCAAGGGCAUAGAAGAACGCAUACUGGAGAGAAACCCUACAAAUGUAAUCAGUGUGGUAAAGUUUUUGCAUAUCCUGGUUAUCUACAAGUACAUAAAAGAACACAUACUGGAGAGAAGCCUUACAAAUGUAAUCAAUGUGGUAAAGCCUUUCCAUGCAUUCGUGAAUGUAAAAGACAUGAAAGAAUUCAUACCGGAGAGAAGCCUUACAAAUGUAAUGAAUGUGGUAAAGCCUUUGGGUAUCACACUAGUCUCCAAAUACAUAAAGCAACACAUUCUGGAAAGAAACCUUAUGAAUGUAAGCAGUGUAAUAAAGCCUUUGCACAUCAUAGUCAACUUCAAAGACAUGAAAGAAUUCACACUGGAGAGAAGCCUUACAAGUGUAAUCAGUGUGGUAAAGCCUUUGCACAACACAAUUCUCUUCAAAUCCAUAAAAUAAUACACACUGGAGAGAAACCCUAUGAAUGCGAUCAAUGUGGUAAAGCCUUUGCGUAUCAUGGUUAUCUUCAAAUCCAUAAAAGAUUACACACUGGAGAGAAACCCUAUGAAUGUAAUCAAUGUGGUAAAGCCUUUGCAAGUCAGAGUGAUCUUAAAAAGCAUGAAAGAAUUCACACUGGAAAGAAACCUUACAAAUGUUAAUGAAUUGAAUGUAAGCAAUGUAGCAAAUCAUUUGCCUUUUGUGGUCAACUUCAAACUCAUGAAAGAAUUUAUACCAAAGAGAAACCUUACAAAUGUAGUGAAUGUGGUAAAGCCUAUCCACAAUCAGGUCAUCUCCAAGUACAUAAAAGAACACAUAUUAGUAAUCGUGAAUGUAACCAAUGUGGUAAAGCUCUAACAGGUUUGUCUCUGAGGCUAGGAUGUGAACCCCCGGCUGCAGUGGUGGUGGCCUGGAACAUGCAAGGAUUUUUUUCUUCACCAAAUGUUUGUGUUAUCUUUGGCUGUGGAGAGAUGUUUAAAUUCAUGUUGGCAUAA